AUGUCAAAACGAAACCUCCUCCUAUGCUUCGAUGCAUUCGGAACUCUGAUCAGACCUGUUCGUCCAGUUGCGCAGCAAUACGCUGAUAUUGCUCGACAAUGCGGUUUCACCAACUUUAACGACGACGAGCUGCAAGCCGCCUUCAAGUCAUCCUUUAAACAUGAGUCCAAAAAGAAUCCGAAUUAUGGAAAAGAGACGGGUUUAGGGGCGACGAAUUGGUGGACUAGCGUUAUUCAUAACACCUUCACGUCUUUGGCGAAGGAUGACAAGCCGUUACCAAAAGAUUUGGCGCCAAAGUUGCUGCAUCGCUUCGCCUCGAAAGAGGGUUAUGAAACGGAACCAGGCCUUGUUGAGGCUUUCAAGAAGUUGAAGCAAAAUCCACCUCGGGAUUUCGACAGUCUUGUCGUUGGUGUCAUAACAAACUCAGACGAUCGCAUUCCCAGCAUCCUCUCAUCUUUAGGACUCGCCGUGAGCCCAUUGAGAUACGGCACCGAUUCUGACCUCAUCAAGCUAAAAGACAAGACCUACGAUAUCGACUUUCAUUGUAUGUCUUACGACGUUGGCGUUGAGAAACCAGACAAGCGCAUCUUCAGUGCUGCAGAUCACAUGCUCGCCCAGAUCAUCAGCGCUCGUACCAGAAAGACCUUGGGCGAAUCUGAAGGAGAGACCAGUAGUUGGCGAAAGGUAUAUGUUGGUGAUGAUUAUUCCAAAGACGUACUCGGGUCAGCCAAUGCAGGCUGGAAUCCGGUGCUACUCGACCCAAAAGAUGAGUGCGAAAACAUCGCUGAUCUGAAGCACUGGAGGUUGCCGUCAAAUGAGAAGCCGGAAGGAGAGGUUUGCAAGAUUGAGGAUCAUCCAGGUGCGACAUUGGAUGGAGUGUUUAGGGAACAUGACGUUGCGACUGUUCAUUCAAUUCGAAAUCUUCUUUCCUGGCUGUCAAGAUGA